GGGAGACAGUCAGAGAGAGAGAGGAGACAGUCAGAGAGAGAGCUGGUUGGAGCAUAAGCAUGUGUGUGAGAAAGUCAAAGAGCUAAAUACAGAGAGCGAGAGAGAUAUUUCAUGACAUAUUAGGAACAGGAAACACAAUUUUGGUGAGUACCACUGUGGAGCAAAGGAAGGUAGAAGAAGAGAGGCGCAAAGAGCCAGUGUGGGUGUAACUUACGGUUAGUGGGGUAAUGUGUCCUGGCUUACAUCACAAUCUGCUGUCUGCUGUCUACAAAUACCUACACUGCUUGGACCCACUGAGGUAUUUUGAAACUGAGAUGAUACAGGAACUAAACUGGGACUUGCCUGGGACCUAACCGGGACUGCACUUGAAGUGGACUGCUGCUACAUACCAUCUCUCAACCAAGGCUUUUUCUCCUUUGGUCACUACAGUACUCGUGAACAUUUACAGCCAUGAGGGACACUCUAGACUGACAUACACCUGGACACAUCUGAAUACACACAAACGGACCACUGACCAGAGGACUAACCACACAGGGCCCUCUAUUUCUUACUACCCCGAAGCCUAACUAUUGGCCAAGUUCUUGAUUGACACCUGCCUGGACCAGUGGCUGGACCCAGUCGAGUGGAGGGAUGAUGAAUGUAUCCAAUCAGAGCUGUGGAAACAGUGAUGACCUGCAGAUCUAUCAGCACCGGGUAUAUGCCAUCAUCUACAGUAUGAUCCUGGUGCCGGGACUGCUUGGGAAUGUGCUGGCGUUGUGGGUGUUCCAGUCCUACAUCAGAGAGACAAAGAGAGCCGUGGUCUUCAUGAUGAACCUGGCUGUAGCAGACCUCCUGCAGGUGUUGUCCCUCCCACUGAGGAUCUACUACUAUCUAAUCCACUCCUGGCCCUUCGGCCACUCUGUCUGCAUGCUCUGCUUCUACCUCAAGUACGUCAACAUGUACGCCUCCAUCUUCUUCCUGGUGUGCGUGAGCGUGCGCCGCUGCGAGCUGAUCAUCCGGCCGCUCCACUGCACGGCGUCCAGGCGGAGGAGCGACCUCUGCGUGAGCGCCGCCGGCUGGCUGCUCGUCUGUCUGGGCUGCCUGCCGUUCCCCUUGCUGCGCAACGCCGGCCGGCCGCCCGAGCCCACGGCCCCUAGCCCCGCCCCGGACACGGCGUGUUUCUCCGAGCUUCCCAUGGUGCCCAUCAGCGUGCCCGCGGGCUGGGCGCUCAUGGCCGGGGCGGAGCUGGUGGGCUUCGUCCUCCCCCUGGUCCUAGUGCUGGCCUGCGCCUGCCUGGUGGCCAGAAGCCUGCGGGACGUGGGCGAGGGGGUGCAGGACCGGGGGGAGAAGCGGAGGGCCCUGAGGAUGGUGAUGAGCUGCGCCCUCGUCUUCCUCCUCUGCUUCGCCCCCUACCACAUCACCAUGCCCCUGGACUUCCUGGCCAAGGCCGACGCGCUGGGCAGUUGUGCCCUGAGGGAGCUGGUGCUGCGAUGCCACCCUGUCACCCUGUGUCUGGCCAGCCUGAACUCAGGCCUGGACCCUAUCAUGUACUACUUCACCACAGAUGAGUUCAGGAGACGGCUGAGUAGGCCGGAGAUCCCGGAGAGCUUCUCUCUGGGGCCGAGACCGUCCUGCACCCCUGCAGAGAAGUUCUUAACCUCAACUGAAGGACCACAGGACUGAAAUCAAACGCUCUCAAGCUCAGGUCCGACCUCCAACCUCAAUCUUGAGUCAAUUUGAGCAACUUAAACCUGGGUUGUCUUUAGGGUACAUUUCAGGAAUGGGAGACUGAAAGGCUCAACGGCUAACCUGUAAUCCAGUCUAUGGACUUUUCUUCAGUGAGGACUAAGUUUUAUGAUAGACAAUAACUCAUACAUAUAGUCAAACACAUUCCAUUAUGGAAAGGUUUUGAUUAGUUAACCCUUGUGUUAUCUUCGGGUCAUUCUGACCCAUCAGUCAUUGUGACCCACCGUCGUAUUGCGACAACUUUACCACAUACAAAAACAAAGUGAAGCAUUUUCUUUUAA